CCCCAAUUGAAGAGAGGCUUUAGACACGUCUCUGAUUGCCUCUAGCUUGGGAGGCAUCAACUUCAACUUUGGACAGCGACGGAACAGAAACAUAGCCCCCCGCAGUUCCGUCCACCUCCAAGCUUUAAAGUUUUCUCUACAUUCUCUCUCUCUCUCUCUUGCUCUCUCUUUCUCUCUCACUGAACUCAAAAUUCUCUCCCUUUGAUUGCCGACUCCAAAAAGAUGCGCAGCAUGGCCAGCUCCGUUUCCCCCAGAGGCAUCGCCGCCAUUGUCGGCGUCGGCCCCGCCCUCGGCCGCUCCAUCGCUCGCAAGUUCGCUCACGAAGGCUACACCGUCGCCAUCCUCGCCCGCGACCUCGGGAGAUUAUCGAGAUUUGCGGAGGAAAUAGCCAGAGAAGAGAAAGGGCAAGUGUUCGCAAUCAGAAUCGAUUGUUCCGACUCUCGAAGCGUGAGAGAGGCAUUCGAAGGAGUGCUAUCCCUAGGGUUCGUGGAAGUGCUUGUCUACAAUGCGUACCAGCCAGUCUGGCACAACAACCACCCAACCAACUUCACCGACAUUCGCGUCGACGCCUUCGAGAAAUCCAUCGCCGUCUCCUCCGUCGGCGCCUUCCACUGCGCCCAGCAGGUACUUCCGGGCAUGGUCGAUAGGGGAAGAGGGACAAUACUCUUCACAGGCUGUUCGGCUUCUCUCAAUGGCAUUGCUGGUUAUUCCGAAUUAUGUUGCGGUAAGUUUGCGUUGAGAGCUUUGUCACAAUGCCUGGCGACAGAGUUUCAACCUCUGGGUGUACACGUAGCGCAUGUUAUCAUCCAUGGCAUCGUCGCCUCACCCAGGGCACCAUCAACAUCGCGACAACAGCUGUUGGUUAGGGAACAACAACAGCAGCAGCAACAAAGUGUAGGAGGAGAGGAGGGGUGUAUGGACCCAGAUUCGCUGGCUCAGACCUAUUGGCAAUUGCACACUCAGGACCGAACUGCUUGGACCCAAGAGAUUGACCUUCGCCCUUGCAACUCCAGAUUUAUCUAGAAUCCCCUAUUGCUACUUCAAUCAACUUUUAAGUUUGUUUUACUUGUACAUAAACCAAUUACAGAAUUAAACACAACACAAGCAUAGGACCUAUAAAAAGGUAUGAUUCACCUUACGUGAGAUAAUUGUGUCCAAUUCUAUAAUUGAUUUAUUGUGCUCCUAGACAUAGUUAUAAUAUUUGAGUGAUGAGGAUUUGGGAGAUUUCUUUAGAAGAAAGCAAAUGAAUGUAAUGUUAUUAAUGUUGGAAUUUGUUGUUAGUAGUUGAUUCCUAUUGCAGGCUUAUGGUUUACAUUUUUAGCAAUAUUAUGUGUUUAGAAGGAAAAAAAAAUAAUUUGAAACA